AUGGGCGCCGCCGUCCCUAGAAGGGCCCUUGGUGGUGCCACCGCCCCUGUAAGGGCCCCUGGGGACGCCACCGCCUCUGGGAGGGCCCCUGUGGGAAUUACCUUCCCUGGCAGGACCCCCGAGGGUACCACUGUCCCUGGGAAGGCCCCUGUGGGCGCCGCUGUCCCCGCAAGAGCCGGUGUGGACACCAGAGCCCCUGUCAGAGCCCCUGGGGACGCUACUGCCUCUGGGAUGGUACCUGGAAGAGUCACCGCCUCUGGCAGGGCCCCAGAGCGCGUCCCUGGGAAGGCUCCAGUGGGCACCACUACCCCUGGGAGGGUCCCACGGGACGCCGUCGCCCCUGGGAGGGCUCCUGUGGGCACCAAUAUCCCUGGGAGUGUCCAAUUGGGCGCCGUCGUCCCUAUGAAGGACCCUUGGGGUUCCAUCGCCCCUGACAGGGCACCUGGAGGCAUUACCACCUCUGACAGGAGCCCUGAGAGCGUCCCUGUUUCUGGGAGGGCCCCUGAGGGGCACCACCGCCUCGGGCAAUGCCCAUGGUACAUCGCCAGUGGGCGCCACCGUCCCUAG